AGCCUUAACGACUACGUCACACCGGGCCCAGCACUUCAAAAUCCGCUCCCAGCUGUCAUCCUACACUUCCGGGAGGGAGAGGUGGCGUGGUCGGCAGACAUAGGUGCCAUGUUCAGCCGCAUUCGGCUGGACGACAUAGAUCGUCGCUAUCUUCGAUUCCUCUGGCCGGAAGGAGAUGGAACGGUGACAACGUGUGAGAUGACACGGGUAACAUUCGGUGUGUCAUGUUCGCCCUAUACGGCUAUCCGGACGACCUGGAGAGCAGCAGACGACGCAGCCGUGGACCAAGGUGAGGCGGCCGCCGCCAUCCGGAAAUACCUGUACGUUGACGAUUACCUGGAUUCCAGCAAGACCACUGACGAGGCGCUGCGCCGGGCGACAGCAGUCAACAAGGCUUUGAGCAGUGGUGACUUCCACCUGACCCAUUGGGUGACCAACGAUGCACGCCUGAUGGAGCAGCUCUCUCUUCCAGAUCCAAAGGAGAGUAGUGUCAACACAGUGAACCUCGGCGCUGACGAUGCCGAGAUGGUCCUUGGCAUCACCUGGAGGCCUGCCACUGAUGCUUUAGGUUUUCGUGUCCGGUUAGCAGAGAUCAACUAUACCCGCGCCGGCCUCCUUUCAAAGGUGGCUGGAUUAUUUGAUCCCCUCGGCGCCGCUGCCCCAAUGACCGUGAAGGCCAAGAUACGACUACGCCACCUUGGGGUGAAAGGCUUGCGAUGGGAAGAUGCAGUGACUGGACUAGACCGUGAAUGGUGGGAGAACUAUUUCGACACAAUGGAGCAGCUAAGGACGGUGGAGUUUUCCCGCUGCCUUUUUCCGGAUGAAGACCAGAUCGUCCGGACCGAGCUGGAUACGUUUGUAGACGCCUCUGAGGAGGCCUGUGCCGCUGUAUGUUUUAUCCGCAAUGUCUACGGUGACCACCGAGUGAUCGUGCGUUUCAUCAAGGCAGUGACCAAGUUAGCUCCGUUAAAAACAGUGUCCGUGUGCAAGUUGGAACUGAACGCUGGUCUUCUUGGAGCGCGUUUGGCCCGUUUCGUGGAAUCUUCAUUGACCCGGAAGAUAGCAGCGCGUCGUUUUUGGACCGAUAGCAGUACUGUGCGCAAUUGGGUUCGGGCGUUGUCCGGUGACUACCAGAUUUAUGUGAGCAACCGUAUUGGCGAGAUCCAGACCCUAACGGAUCCUUCAGAGUGGCGUUUCGUUUCAGGAGUGCUAAACCCAGCAGAUGCUGCGACCCGCUCUCAACUGGGUGACCGGGCAAUCCCAGCGUGGUGGUUGGACGGACCACCCUUCUUGUAUCAAGAGGAGACGGCCUGGCCACAAGACCUCCCCUGGACCUUGGAGAAGGCGGAGAUGCGUGGGGCCCGCGCCCAUUUGAGUGAUGUUGUGGCAAAGACAAUAGUGCCAUUUGACUGGAAGACGUUGAAGAUAGCUGCCGGCGACGUGCCCACUCUCAUUAGGUUAGAGAAUGACUAUCUCGAUCUUGUCCGACGGUGCCAGCGGGAGACCUAUCCUGAGGAGAUUAGCAGACUCGAACGUGGAAAGGCGAUCCGUCCUACAUCAACCUUGCAGCCCUUGACCCCCUUUUUGGAUGCUGAGAGGGUGUUGCGGCUGGGAGGGCGUCUCAGUCGAGCGAAUUUACCCUACGAGGUCCUCCACCCACCGAUCCUGAGUGGCCGACAUCUGUUAGCGCGAGCAAUCAUCCGAGCCUUUCACGAGCAGCUUCAUCAUUCCGGAACUGACAUGGUGCUUGCCCAGGUGCGGCAACAUUUCUGGGUCACAGCAGGAAGAGAGGCGGUCAAGAGAGCUCGCAACGAGUGUCUGGCGUGUCGGCGUUUCCGACCCAAAGCAGCAUUACAGAUGAUGGCGGACGUUCAUAAGGGCCGUCUAGGUGCGCACCAGCCUCCGUUCACCUAUACCUCCGUCGACUAUUUUGGCCCUAUUGACAUCGCCUACCACAGAGGGACGGCCAAGCGAUGGGGCGCCCUGUUCACGUGCCUAGUGACACGGGCCGUGUACACCGACGUGGCGAUCUCUCUAUCAGCCAAUGAUUUCUUGCUGGUCUUGCGUCGUUUCGUUUCUAUCUACCGCAAGCCAGCUGAGAUGUUCUCCGACAACGGAACUAAUCUAACCGGGGCGGAGCGACUACUACGUGAGGAGCUGGAGAGACUAAAGGAGAGUUCGGCGUUGGAGACGGAGCUCAAGGCUCUCGGGAUUCGAUGGUGGUUCCAGCCAGCCCAGACACCCCACUUUGGUGGAGCUCACGAAUCGCUGGUGCGAUCGGUCAAGAGAGCGCUCUAUCCCGUGCUGGACAAGGAGAUGAACGGGCAGCGUAAUCCAAGUGAGGAGAUUCUUCGGACGCUCCUGUUUGAAGUGUCGGGACUGCUCAAUUCCCGCCCACUGACUUAUGUCAGCUCAGAUGCUGACGAUAUUCGGCCCUUGACGCCGAACGAUUUUUUGAAUCGCGCCCCAAUUGCGGAUCUACCGGCGGGAGAGUUCUCUCGAGCCUUGCCACGGGACCACUACCGGUACGUUCAACGGAUGGCUGACCGCUUCUGGGAGCUGUGGCAUGGAGCAUUCCUACAGUCCAUGACCUCGCGACGCAAGUGGACAAGACCAGCCCCAAACCUAGCGGUUGGCGACUUCGUUCUCGACGACUGGAAGGAUGCACCACGCGGGCGCUGGCGGACCGGAAAAAUUGUGAGGACAUAUCCGGGAAAGGAUGAACUAGUUCGAGCGGUGGACGUCGAGUUUCCGACAGGCAUAUUGCGCCGGGGAGCUAAUCAGCUUGCCUUAUUAGAACCAAGCUCACUCGCUCCGGAAGCCGGAUCCAGUUCGGGGGAGGAUGGUUCGGCGAUUGCUGUUUAGCUCUGUUAAUUUUGUAAUUCCGUAGUGGCGCCACCAGCGGUUGCUGCUUAGCCACUCUAUUGUCUCCCAUCCUCUUUUCAAAGGUGUCAUUUUCUGUGUCUUCUCCUGAUUUCCCAGUGCUAUACUGACAUCUUGAUUAAUUGACACAGCUCUGACUAGAAUUGUAUAGCCCUGACUAGAAUUGUAUAAAAGAAAACGUGACUAGAAGUUGACUAGCACUGAGGUCUGACUAGAGUUGAGGUCUUGACAGACGGAACCUUAAGCAAGUUGCUGUGAUAACGGUUCUUGCCCUCCUGACCUGGUGUUCACCCACUGUGUUGAGUGACCCAGUUGUAUCGUAAUCUUUAUUCCUCAUCCAAGCUAGCUCUGCUAGAUUGAUGAUAGAUGAUCAGAAUUCAUGACUUCGUUUUAUCGAGACUGACACAAUAUACUCGUGGUCCAUACAGUCCACUACUCGAGUACCAACCAAGCUAUCACUCAUUUACAAUUCAUUAAUAGAAUUCAUUUAUUCACUCAACC